AUGUCGAUCCCCCCUCAACUUCAGCAAGCGCUUGCCGGCAUUGACCGUCAAUUCCAAGGCAACAAGUUGUUUGACCAGUUCGAACAGAGCACCGGAUUGCCCCGUUCGGUCGGUGUUCUUGGCGGUGGCCUGCUCUACGCUUUGCUCGUGUUCUUGAACAUCGGUGGCUUGGGUCAAUUGUUGACUAACAUUGCUGGGUUUGUGUUGCCGGCGUACUACUCGUUGAUCGCUCUUAAGACCGUGCGUAAAGACGAUGAUACCCAGUUGUUGGUGUACUGGGUGGUAUUUGCCUUUUUCAACGUGAUUGAAUUCUGGUCGAAGGCUAUCUUGUACUGGGUGCCCUUCUAUUUUUUGUUCAAGCUUGUGUUCUUGUUGUGGAUCGGUACCCCCUCGACCGGUGGGGCCCAAAUUGUCUACAACCACUUCGUUGGUCCCAUUGGCGACCGCAUUUUGGCCGCCACUAAAGGCAACCACGGGGAGAACCAGAUCAACGAAUUUGCUGAGUCGGUCUCCAGCAAGGUCCAUGUCCAAUGA